GACUUCUGCGGCAUUUCCAUCAACAUAACGAGCGACCUAUCAGAGCAUGUGAACAGUGAACUGUUAAAAGCUCCCUCUGCCCCCUUUCGCUCUGGCUCUUCAGUUUCAAUUUCAUACGGAAUUGCGUUGGAGAUACGCAGAAGCUAGGGUUUGUUUCGAGAUUCCACUUGGCUUUGACUUAGAUCCUUCAAAUCUUGAAAAAACUCUGGGAGUCUAGUCUCCAAUGAAAUCAACUUCUUCAGCCCCCUACGGCGCCAUCCCCUCCUCCACAACUCCUCCAACCACCACCAACUUCCUCACUCGCGCCACCGCCAACACCAGAGCCUACUUCGCCUCUCGCCGCCAAUGGACCGAAUUCUUCAAUCUAUCCUCCUUUACGCGUCCUCACUCUUUCGGGGAGGCCACCGUACGAUUAAAAAGGAAUCUGAACUACUUCCGCGGGAAUUACGCCAUGAUUAUCCUUGGCAUCCUCUUCCUUAGCCUCCUUUGGCACCCGCUCUCGUUGAUCGUCUACAUAAUAAUCUUCGUCGCUUGGUUCUUCCUCUACUUUUUCCGUGACGAACCUCUUGUCAUCGUUGGCCGCACUGUCGACGAUCGCAUCGUGCUCGGCGUGCUUUCCGUGGUGACCGUUGUGGUUCUGGUCUUCACGAGCGUGUGGCUUAAUGUGCUGGUUUCCAUCCUCAUUGGGGCUUUUCUUGUCGUUUUACACGCCGCAAUUAGAGGAACAGAGGAUUUGUACAUGGACGACUUGGAGGGGAGCGAUGGAAGGUUGUUCUCGGUUUUGGAAAGCCCUACACGUGCCGGAUAUUCCCGCGUUUAGUUGAUUCUUGAAGCGAGCCUCUUGAUGCCCAAUUUGGAUUUGGUGAAUGUGUAAGUAGUUCAGGCUUUUGAGUGAUGUAUUUGAAGGAUCUUCUUGAAUAGUUACAGCAAUUCACACUGGUAAAAUAAGAUCCUCUAUUUCUCUAAUUCACAUUUUCCUUCUCUUUUUUUAGCUUAUAAUUUUGAUUUGCUGACACUAAGAGCUUUCUUUUCUUUUCUACAAUAUGUUUGUUGAAGUGAUAGUCUGAGUUGAAUCCAUACAGGUGCUAGUUUAUGGAUGAAUAUCUUGUUCUUGUAAUGGCAAUUCGAGAUUCAAGCAUAUUGUUUUUUGAUUUUGCUC